AUGAGGAUCCUUGCUUAUGGAGUUGGAGCUGAUCUCAUGGAUGAGUAUGUAAGAAUUGGAGAAACCACAGCAAUAAAGAGCAUGAAACUUUUUGUCAAAUCGGUAAUCUCGAUCUUUGGAGAUGAGUACUUGCGGUCUCCAAAUAGCAAUGACAUUGCUAGAUUGCUUGUAGUUGGUGAGAAACGAGGAUUUCCAAGUAUGUUGGGGAGCAUUGACUGCAUGCACUGGAAAUGGAAGAAUUAUCAGACUGCACGGAGAGAUGGAAUCUAUCCUUCAUGGUCUACAUUUGUCAAAACCAUUCCAACACCACAAGGUCGUAAAAGGCAAUUGUUUACAUCAGCUCAAGAAUCUAUGAGGAAGGAUGUUGAGCGAGCAUUUGGACUUCUAUAG